AGGUUUUAACAAAUAAUCCUUCGAGCAAAAGACAAAUUUUACAGCAGAUUAUAAAUAGUAAUAAAGAGAACGUGAUUCUCUUAUUAAAGGAUUAUUGCUGUAGCUUUGGAUUUAAUUUCAAUGACUGUCUUUUGCUUUAUUUGCAAGUAUUACUCAAAACAUGGAAUCCAACGAUAACUAUUUCGAAUUCAAGCGUAAAUAAAGAGUUAGUUAUUUGUAAAGAAGAAAUCGAUGAGUUAAGAAAAAAAUGUAAUGCAGUUGUUACGCAAAUGGAAGAUAAAUCUAUGUUGAAGCGAUGUAUUUCUACAUUAUGGGAACACAUCGCAUUUUACCACUAUGAAGUGUUCAUUAUACUAAUGGAUCUCAUAGGAGAUAAAGAUAUGGGGAAGAGGAAUUAUCUCUGUUUUUUGCAAAAUUACACUCGGUGUGGGCCUGCUACACCAAUGGAACAUGAUGAGUGGAUACAGCUUAAUCCUGGACACAGUACGUUGCCGCCGAUAGCCCAAUGGAGACUUCCAUUCUUGCCAAAAAUCGAUAUAUGGAAAAUCAUUACUCCUGAGUUAAAUUUAAAAACGUACGACAAGUGGCUCGACAUCGCACCCGUACUUAACUUGCAAGCAUCUCUCAUAUGCUCAUUAGCUAUAAAGGGUGAAGUGACAAAAGUAUGGGAAAAUGAUUCUGAUACGUCGAAAAAUACUACAUGGUCGCUUUAUUCAAGAAACACCACGUUACUCAAAGAUAUCAAGAAAUGUACACAACGGAUUACGAAUUCAGAUGAAUUCUAUUACGUUACUGCGGCAUUGUAUUAUGUCGUAAAUCAUACGCCUCCGGGUGCCGAUCUCGUCGCUGCCGCGAAAGAAUGUUACGAGUACACUCAGCUGGCGGUAAAAAAUUCUACCAAAUUUCAAGAAGGAAUGUUAGAAAAAAUUAAAUCCAAAUAUUUGAAAUUUACGUCCGAGCAUAUUCUACGUGCAUACGGAUUGGGGAGGGACAAGUAUCUUGAUCUAAUCCAACAUCCGUGCAAGCUGGUGCACGAGCUGUAUAAUGACAAAAGUAUACCGUUACGAUAUCGAACCGCAACCAACUACAGACCUGAUAUUAACGCCGCCGUUAACGAAUUGGGUAAACUGUUCUCCUUGAAUACAAUACAAUUGCGUAUGAGUUUAUUGGAAGAGUGGCUGCAAUCCAAUGCCAGGUGUACCGAAUUGUCUCAAAGUUUUACAGAGACAUUCCUGGCGCCGAAAGAAUUUGAUCAGAAUACAGAUUGCGAGGAUAAUUUACUUAGGGUAUGUUACAUGAUAGAAUAUGGAGAUACGGAUUUGUUUGCACAAUUUCUUAUAAACAUAGGCUUUGGCGAUCGUCACGGCGAGACCGAAUACAGUUGUAACGUACGGUAUCGAGUAUUUCGAAUAUUGGAAACUGUUAUUGAUAUUCCUACAUUAGAGGAAUUGACCAAGCAAGAUAUAUCUACUUUUAGAAAGUAUAUGAAAUCGUUACAGUACGUCGGGAAAUUGGAAUCAUUAGGAUUAUGUUACAGCGUUGAUACAUUUGAAACAUGUUGUAAACGUGAACUUGUUCAGAUCUUGUGGAAAAGCCAGCGUCACUUGCCCUAUGCUCUCUCCGUUAUAACGCAGAUUUGCAUUGAGUUUGAAAUAAACGAUAUCCUACUUUGGGAUGACACUUUGAGUCAGAUGACGAAAUUGCAAAUGGUGAGCGACUUAAAGAAAGUUUUAUUGCAAUUACGAAAUAAAAGUGUCAUUGUGAAUUGUAAUGGUUAUAAAAUGGGGUGGCAAUUAAUUAUCUCUGAGCCGUUCAACGAGAUGGACCCAAAUCCAAAUCUGGAACAAAUUGAUAAUUGUAUAGAGGUGAUCUGUCUGUUAUACUCAUGCCCUGUGACACACGAAUUAGACUUUGCCGCGAUUGUAAAAAAUUGUUUCCAAAGUAAACAGACACACUUGGCUGCCGCACUUCUGCCAUUUUUAAAUGAAUCCGAAAACAAGUUUAUCUUGGAGACUAUUAAUCAAAAAUGUCAAAUCGAAGAGCUCAUAAGGGAUUUAAAUUAUUUGUCUUCUAAAGGAGUACUCACGAUUACGCAUAGUCUCGCCAUGGUGCAAAAAUCUAUACCAUCGAAGAGCGAAGAAAAAUCUUUUCUUUAAUUAAAUCAGCCGGAAAAUUAACCUAUUUGUUAAAUUGAGAGAAUUAAUUGUAACAUAUAUAUAAUAUGAUAUAUAAGAAAUAAACUUCUUUUUUACUAUCUUUGCACAUAAAA